AUGAGGAUAACGCAAGAAGUGCACUGGCCUGGACCGCCGCGUCGGUACAAGCGAUGCACGCAGCUCCAUGGCGUGACGAUCGAUCAACGCCUGGAUGUACGCCGGCGUGUACAGCUGAUCAGUAACGGGAUCCCGGGUCUGUUCUGUGGCCUGAAACAGAGCCGCAGCCGAUUCCUGUGCCCAUCGCUACGCCGCCGGACGCAACGCCCGGGCCCUGAGGACUGCCUAUUCUUGUUCCAAGCCGGCAUGACAGUGCGUGACACCAAGGUCCCGCUGCAUGGACGUCCGAGCGGCGAUCUCAACUUGGCGCUCCAAGAAGUCGUUCUUCGGGAGCCGCAUUUGGACUGGGCCUCGCUUUGCCGCAACAUGUCCGCCAGGCAGUCGCACUCAACGCUCACGGCCUCCAAGGCGUCUGGCGAAACUCCAGCGUCCGUCGAGACCGAGAAACUGUCCACUGAUGCGUCCUCCUCCGCCGAAGGCGCGGCAACGGCAGGGUUCGACAUGGCGUCUUCACCUUCCGGCUCCGCGAUGACCUCCGGUGUCUUGUCGGUUGCGGUGCUCACGUUGGUUUCCUCGUCUGGGACGAUUGAACAGUUGGAGAUUCUGUUCGUUUGA